GCAAACAGGCAUAUUUUUGGACACCCUUGAGGAAGUAGACAUGUCGUCGGAUCUGUGAGAAGUUGGCAAAUAUUUAUUUAUACUUGUAUUUUGUGUUGAUUCAAGUAAAAUGGACAGAUUCACAUGGUCAAAUGGUCUUCUGGAAAUGAAUGAAACAUUGGUGAUUCAACAACGAGGUGUCAAACUUUAUGACGGAGAAGACAAGGCCAAGUUGGAUGUUGGAAUUGCUCUGCUGAGUACUCACCAGUUAAUAUGGAGGGACCUGAAGAAUCAUGAAUGCUGCAUAGCCAUACCCCUUUCUCAGAUCAUCUACUUUGAGGAACAAGCUGCGGGUAUCGGAAAGAGUGCCAAGAUAGUGGUCCACCUGCACGCUUCCCCGGCCAAUAAGGAGCCAGGACCCUACCAGCAGAGCAAGUUCUCCUACUUCAAACUGUCCUUCAAAGAGCAUGGACAGAUAGAGGUAGUAGUCAUUUAA